AUGCUGUCCCAUUGCCUGCGCCAACGGCCUGUUUCCGGUCUGGCCAGCCUAUCCAAAGCUUCUACUAGCAUCAUCAAUGCCACACAUAAUAGCCGCUACCUCUCGACAACAUCGCCUCGUCGCGCCAAUGACGAGCCCACGCCGCUCAACAAGGUGUCGGGCACCAUCACGCAGCCCAAGUCCCAGGGUGCUUCGCAGGCCAUGCUCUACGCCACCGGUCUCUCCGAGGCUGACAUGAACAAGGCGCAGGUCGGCAUCUCCUCGGUCUGGUUCGAGGGCAACCCGUGCAACAUGCAUCUCCUAGACCUCUCCAAGGCGGUGCGCGACUCGGUCAAGAAGGCUGGCUUCAUCCCCUACCGCUUCAACACUAUCGGCGUCAGCGACGGCAUCUCCAUGGGCACCACCGGCAUGCGCUACUCCCUGCAGAGCCGCGAGAUCAUCGCCGACUCCAUCGAGACUGUCAUGAGCGGACAGUGGUACGACGCCAACGUCAGCCUGCCCGGCUGCGACAAGAACAUGCCCGGCGUCGCCAUCGCCAUGGGCCGCGUCAACCGCCCCAGCAUCAUGGUCUACGGUGGAAGCAUCAAACCUGGCUGCACCAAGGCCGGCGCCCCCAUCGACAUCGUCUCAGCCUUCCAGGCCUACGGCCAGUACAUUAGCGGCGAGAUCACCGAGGAGGAGCGUUUCGACAUUGUCCGCCACGCGUGCCCCGGCCAGGGCGCCUGCGGCGGCAUGUACACGGCCAACACCAUGGCCACCGCCAUCGAGACUAUCGGCCUCACCCUGCCCGGCAGCAGCAGCAACCUCGCCGACAGCCCGGAGAAGAUGGCCGAGUGCGCGAGCGUCGGCGAGGCCAUCAAGAACCUGCUCAAGGAGGACAUUCGCCCCCGUGACAUCAUCACCCGCCAGGCGCUCGAGAACGCCAUGGUCGUCAUCACCGUCCUCGGCGGCAGCACCAACGCCGUGCUGCACCUGCUCGCCAUCGCCGACGCUGCCGGUGUCAAGCUUACCAUUGACGACUUCCAGAGCGUCUCAGACCGCAUCCCCUUCCUCGCCGACCUCAAGCCCUCGGGCAAGUAUGUCAUGGCCGACCUGCACGCCAUGGGCGGCACGCCCGCGCUGCUCAAGUACCUCAUCGGGGAAGGGCUCAUCGACGGCUCCGGUGUCACCGUCACCGGAAAGACCAUGAAGCAAAACGUCCAGGACGCUGUCGACUUCCCCAGCGACCAGGACAUCAUCCGCCCGCUCAGCAACCCUAUCAAGCCCACCGGCCACAUCCAGAUCCUGCGCGGCUCCCUCGCGCCCGGCGGCUCCGUCGGCAAGAUCACCGGCAAGGAAGGCCUGCGCUUCGAGGGCGCCGCGCGCGUCUUCGACAGCGAGCCCGACAUGAUCGCCGCCCUCGAGCGCGGCGAGUUCAAGAAGGGCGAGAAGAAGGUGGUCAUCAUCCGCUACGACGGGCCCAAGGGCGGGCCCGGCAUGCCGGAGAUGCUCAAGCCGUCGUCGGCCAUCAUGGGCGCCGGCCUCGGCAAGGACGUCGCGCUGCUCACCGACGGCCGCUACUCGGGCGGCUCCCACGGCUUUAUUAUUGGCCACAUCGUGCCCGAGGCCGCCGACGGCGGGCCCAUCGCGCUCGUCCAGGACGGCGACCACAUCGUCAUCGACGCGGAGAAGCGCGUCAUCGACCUCGAGGUGCCCGAGGAGGAGAUGGCGGCGCGCAGGAAGGCGUGGAGGGCGCCGGCGCCGCGCUACACACGAGGCACGCUGACAAAGUACGCCCGCCUCGUCACGGACGCGUCCAGCGGCUGCGUGACGGACAAGGCGCAAUGA